AUGGCUAACAAAAAUAGCACCCUGCGUUGCACGUUCUCAGCCCCAAGCCAUAGCGCCACUCUCCUGCAGGGCUUGUCGGUCCUGCGAGCCCAGGGUCAGCUCCUGGAUGUGGUGCUGGCCAUCAAUGAGGAGCGCUUCCAGGUUCACAAGGCAGUGCUGGCCUCCUGCAGUGACUACUUCAGGUGAGACUGACCCUGUGUCUCCGACAUGGCUUCUUCUCCUCAUGUCUUUUCCUUUCCUCUGCACUGAUUUGAGAGAACUGGACACUGGAUGUAUUCUUUGACUAUAGAGAUACACUGACCGGGAAAGAGAGACCCAGGUAAAGACAGAUAUACAAAUCAAAUCAUCAUACAGAUGUAGAGGUGAAGGGAAGAGUGUUGAGAGACUGUGUUGGUAAAUUUGUCUUUGGUGUGAAAUAAUUGAUACAUCAAAAGCUUAGUCAGAUGAGGUAUGGUAGAGAGAAAACAGAGGAAUUGGUGAAGAAUGUGGAACUGAUAGGUAGGGAUAUAAUAACAUUACAGGUGUAUAAUGUGAAUAUGUAUAAAUAUAAAUUAAUAAUCUGAUGUUCUCAUCCUGAUGUUGCAUGGCAGGUAGAGAGGGGAGUUGUUGUUCAGUGUCUAAUUAACCAGAGAUUAAAAUGUUGUUCAGAAUGGAGGGAAAUCAAUAAAACAAGUUUAACAUAAUGACAGUUAUUUAAAUGGAUUUUUCACUUGCCUUGCAGAGCCAUGUUCACUGGAGGCAUGAGGGAGUCAAACCAGGACAACAUUGAGCUGAAGGGCUUGUCCGCCCGCGGCCUGAAACACAUAAUUGACUUUGCCUACAGUGCAGAGGUCACACUUGACCUGGACUGCAUUCAAGACGUACUGGGAGCAGCAGUCUUUCUACAGAUGGUCCCAGUCGUGGACCUCUGCGAAGAGUUCCUCAAGUCGGCCAUGAGCGUAGAGACCUGCCUGAACAUCGGCCAGAUGGCCACCACCUUCAACCUGACCUCCCUCAAGGAGUCAGUGGACACCUUCACCUUCCGCCACUUUCUGCAGAUUGCAGAGGAGGAAGACUUCCUGCACAUCCCCAUGGAGCGCCUGGUCUUCUUCCUGCAGAGCAACAAGCUGAAGAACUGCAGCGAGAUUGACCUGUUCCACGCUGCCAUCCGCUGGCUGCAGCAUGACGAGGCCCGCCGAGCCGGAGCCAACGAGGUGCUCUGCCACGUGCGAUUCCCCCUCAUGCCCUCCUCGGAGCUGGUGGACAGCGUGCAGACGGUGGACAUCAUGGUGGAGGAUGUGCUGUGCAGGCAAUACCUCCUGGAGGCCUUCAACUACCAGAUCCUCCCGUUCCGUCAGCACGAGAUGCAGUCCCCGCGGACUGUGAUCCGCUCCGACGUGGUUUCACUCAUUACCUUUGGUGGGACACCCUAUACUGACAACGAUCGCACUGUGAGCAGUAAGGUGUUCUAUCUCCCAGACAUUGCAGCGCGUCAGUUCAAGGAACUAACCGAGAUGGAGAGAGGAUCCAGCCACGCCUGUGUAUCGGUGCUGGACAACUUUGUGUACGUAGUCGGCGGACAGCACCUGCAGUACCGCAGCGGUGAAGGGGCAGUGGACAUUUGCUUACGCUACGACCCGCACCUGAGCAAAUGGCUGCGUAUCCAGCCAAUGCAGGAGGGGCGUAUUCAGUUCCACCUCAACGCUCUUCAAGGACAACUCUACGCCACUGGGGGGCGCAACCGAUCCGGAAGUCUGUCGUCCGUAGAGUGCUACUGUCCCAAGAAAAAUGAGUGGACCUACGUGGAACCACUGAAACGCAGAAUCUGGGGCCAUGCAGGAACUCCCUGUGGCGACAAGCUCUACAUCUCAGGGGGUUACGGUGUCUCGGUGGACGAUAAGAAAACCCUGCACUGUUACGACCCCACGUCUGACCAAUGGGACUUCAAAACGCCCAUGAACGAGCCUAGAGUGCUUCAUGCUAUGAUCAGCGCCAAAGACCGUGUUUACUGCCUGGGCGGUCGCAUGGACCACGUGGACCGCUGCUUUGACGUCCUGGCAGUUGAGUAUUAUAUUCCAGAGAAUGACCAGUGGACCACUGUUAGCCCCAUGCGAACAGGGCAAUCUGAGGCAGGCUGCUGCUUGUUGGAUAAAAAGAUAUAUAUCGUUGGAGGGUACAAUUGGCAUCUAAACAAUGUCACAAGCAUUGUGCAAGUGUACAACACAGAGACUGAUGAGUGGGAGAGGGAUUUGCACUUUCCUGAGUCUUAUGCAGGAAUUGCGUGUACGCCGAUCAUACUUCCACAAACCACCACGCAACGGUAA